AUGGUGUUUUCGUUCUUUGGCCGCCGAGCCUUGUCGCUCGCGGUGGUGUCGCUGCUCGCGUCUUCCGCGCUCGGGGAGGUGUUCGAGCAGCUCAACGCGGUUCCUGAUGGAUGGAAGUACUCGCACACUCCCCAGGCCGACCAGCCAAUUCGCCUGCAGAUCUCUCUGAAGCAGCAGAACGUGGCUGGCUUCGAACAGGCCCUGCUGGAUAUGUCGACGCCAGGCCAUCCGAACUAUGGCAAGCACUUCCAGUCGCAUGAUGAGAUGAAGGCGAUGCUGGCCCCCAGCGACGCCUCGGUCAAUGCUGUCCGCGAAUGGCUGGAUGCCAACGGCGUCACGGACGUCCAGCAAGACGCCGACUGGAUCAACUUCCGCACGACCGUCGGAGUUGCCAACACGCUGCUCGACGCUGAUUUCAAGUGGUAUGCCAGCUAUGGGGGACUCGUCACGCGUCUGCGGACUCUCCAGUAUUCCCUUCCGGAAUCCGUGGCUGCGAAUAUCAACACCGUGCAGCCGACCACGCGUUUCGGACAUGUUCACCCCAACCGUGCGACGCUCCACAAGCUGCCGAUGAUCAAGUCGACGCCCAACUUCAACUUCACCAGCUGUAACAGCCUCAUCAACCCCCAGUGUCUCAAGCAUCUCUACAACAUCGGGGAUUACCAAGCCGACCCGGAGAGCGGCAGCAAGAUCGCCUUCGCCAGCUUUCUGGAGGAAUACGCGCGCUAUUCCGAUCUCGAGCUGUUCGAGAAGAACUUGGCCCCGUACGCUCUCGGGCAGAACUUCUCCGUGGUUGCGUUCAACGGCGGCCUUAAUGACCAGAACUCGACGGACGACAGCGGGGAGGCUAAUCUCGACGCCCAAUAUGUCAUGGGAAUCGCCUCUCCCUUGCCCGUGACCGAGUUCAGCACCGGCGGCCGUGGUCCCCUCGUCCCCGAUCUCACUCAGCCUUCUCUUCCGGGCUCGAACGAGCCGUACCUUGAAUUCUUGCAGGGUGUUCUGAAACUAGACCAAGCCGAUCUUCCGCAGGUGAUUUCCAUCUCCUACGGCGAAAAUGAACAGACCAUCCCGCCCAAAUACGCAGAAACGGUCUGCAACCUGCUCGCCCAGGUAGGCAGCCGCGGUGUCUCCGUCCUCUUCGCAUCCGGUGACUCGGGCGUCGGAGCAGGCUGCGUCACGAACGACGGCACCAACCGCACACACUUCCCACCACAGUUCCCCGCUGGCUGCCCAUGGGUGACAGCAGUCGGAGCAACGCACAAGGUCGAGCCCGAGGAGGCCGCAUUCUUCUCAUCUGGCGGCUUCUCGGACAUCUGGCCCCGUCCGCUCUACCAGGAGCUCGCCGUGCAGUCAUACCUGGGCAAGCUGGGGAACAAGUACGAAGGGCUUUUCAACUCGCGCGGACGUGCUUUCCCCGACGUCUCGGCACAAGGUAUGGAGUUUGCCGUGUACGACAAGGGUGACCUGAACCUGUACUAUGGGACCUCGUGCUCGACGCCCGUGUUCAGCGCGGUCGUCUCCCUGCUCAACGACGCUCGCCUGCGUAUCCACAAGCCGCCGCUGGGAUUCCUGAAUCCAUGGCUGUAUACCGUUGGCCUGGCAGGACUCAAUGAUAUCGUCGAGGGAGGUAGUGACGGGUGUGAUGGGAGCAGUGGGGGACCGGUGAUUCCGUACGCGAGCUGGAAUGCCACACGAGGCUGGGAUCCGGUUACCGGGUUGGGGACGCCGGAUUUUGCGCGGUUGAGGAAUCUUGCAUUGCUUUUCUAG